AUGUCUCUUCCAACCGCCAAACCCACCGCCCAAUCCUCCCUCCGGUCCUUCUUCCAACCAAACAAAGCACCCAAAUAUGCUCCUCCUCCUGGCCAACUACCACCACUACCACCACCACCACCAGCAACAGCCACUCCUCCUCAACAAUCUUCAUCGCCGCCCGCGCCAAUCUUCAAACCAAGCUACAUCCCACCACAGUCCGACAUCCGCCUCAUCGCCCCCGACGACCUCCCUGCUCUCAAGCGCACCACAGCGCUCCUCCUCCCCGUCGCAUUCCCCGACGCCGUCUUCAACGAAGCCCUCUCCUCGCCCUUCUGUCGAGUCAUAACAUGGACCGACGACACUGCAUCCGCUCCUAAAAUCGUAGGCUCCGUCAUCUGCAGACCCGAAGUCUCCCUGCAGCCCACGCCCGAUGGCCGCGUGCGCCAUAACCUCUACAUCCGCUCGCUGUGCCUGCUCUCGCCGUACCGAUCGCACGGGCUGGUCAAUGCCGCCAUUGACUCCAUCUGCUCGUCGGCCCUUGCCGAUAUCAACCACAACUUCCAGAACAUCACGGCGCACGUCUGGACCGAAAACGAUGAGGGCUUAGCGUGGUACCAGAACCGCGGGUUCGAGCGCUCCGGCCAGCCCAUUGAGAACUACUACAUCAAGCUCCGGCCCGGCUCGGCGUAUCUGGUUACUCGUCCGAUUGCUGCCAAUGUGCGCGCUGCGCUUCCUGGUGCAUCGGCUGGUCCUCCACCGGCUGCUGCUGGUGUGCCCGGCCCAUCUGUCACCGCUGCCGUACUGAACAUGACCAACAACGGUACUCCUCCACCUCCUCCGCCUGCUGCCGGCGCGCCGCCAGCACGAACUGCACAGUCAUAUCAGAACCAGCGCCCGGAAACCGAAUGGAACGACCUCCCCGAAGAGAUGAUGAACCCUAGCAUGCUCAUCCCGCCAAGGGUGAGGAAUGCGAGCGAGGCCAACUCGAAUGCGUCGUCGAGAAGCAGUUCUUCUGCCGCUAAGAAGCGAAGAGAUCGAUCGUACCCUGCUGCAGCAUUUGGCAAUUAG